AUGUCGACAACGCUGACGAGUACCACUAUCGAGACCGAGACAGUCCGUCUCCCUUCGCCCACGAAGCGAGCCAAAUUAGAGCCUGCUCCUAUCUACGAUGUUCACAAGUUGUCUGACGGACGUACUCAGAAGCUACGACAACUGCUUGAGAAAGGCCAUGUCACUGUAGCGCCUCUACGCAAUCCAGAAUUGAUUCUUCAUAGUCAUCUCCCACAUCUUCUAGGCUCUGCCUAUGGAUUGGGCGCCGACAGCGAGCAGCUUACCAAAACCUACGACCACGACGUAACGACCUUGGUCAAUAUCGAUGAGACGUUCAUUCGAGGCGACAAGAUUACGAGAGACAACUGGAGGGAUUUCUUAGGCCAGAAGUCUUACACUGUUGCUUACGUCGAUUUCUUCGAUGAAGAGGUCCGAAAGAACGACGGUGAUUGGGAGAAGGUCGUUCAAGAAUACCUAUAUUCAGGACCGGAGCCUCUAAUCAAUGGCCUCUGCGGUGGUCUCUCACAUCCGUUCAUCCAUCUUGCAUAUGGAUAUGAACUUCGAAUGCCUGAAAUUAUAACGGAAGCCCUGAGUUUGGGAUGCACAGAAUAUGUGCUCUGCCAUGGAUUGAUAGAUAAUCCUCCACCGAUUCCUGCACCAUAUACGACUUCCAACCUAUCAGAGGUUAUCAAGCGUGUGCAGCACGAUCAGCAAUUCGAUGGUGUCGUCGAUAAGCCUGGAACCGUGAACUUUGGCAUUGUGCUAGAGCACCGCUUCGAAGCUUUCAUUCAGCACUGGAACGCCUUCGAAGUCAAAGACCCCGUACAGCAGUUUGAACAUUGUUGCGACUUAUCAGUUCUACUAGCAACUAGCUGGGGAUACGAGGAGGGGAAGUACGACUUCUUUCACGCCCACAUUAUGACUGUCGCACACGCCCUCCGAGUGCUAUGGCACUACUUCCCUGCUGAAAGGCGAGUCUCGAUCUUGCGCCAGUAUGCUUUCUUCACCAUUCAAGUGUACCUUCUUCAAAAGCGACUGCCAUUCGGAAUUGAGCCGCUGGAAGCAAUUGAGACGAAGGGUCGAGACUGGAACUGGGUCACAAAGACGGCACUUGAGCACAAGUGGGCGUUGGAUGAUCAUUUUUUCAAGGUCGUUCGGGCUUUCAAAGCGUUCUCCGAGACAUAUGGUGAAAAGGACGGUUUCUACUUGAAGGGAGCCAUUAAAUAUGUGACCACCUUUCGUGGUUGGGAGGGUUUCGGAGAUGGCCUGCCGGGUUUCCAUCCUGCCAAGGAUGGGUUCAACCCAGAGUGA